AUGGGUGCGGUCGCGGAACGUAGAGAUAUCCCACCAUGGGUGAAAGUUCCCGAAGACCUGAAAGACCCAGAGGUGUUCCAGGUCCCGACGCGACUGCUGGAAGCCCUGUUCGGCCCGAGCGGAUGUCGGAUCCCUUACAUCGAGCAGGUGAGCAAGGCCAUGCUCGAGCUGAAGACUCUGGAAUCUUCAGAAUUCACCGAGAUCGUGGUUUAUGGCUCCUACUUGUCGAAGCUCCGGACCAGAUGGAUGCUUCAGUCCUUGGCUGAGUGGCACCGCCAGCGACAGGAGCGAGGAAUGCUCAAACUCGAGGAAGCAAUGAAUGCUCUGGAACUAAGCCCUUGGAUGAAGUGA